UUAUUUACUAUUUCGCUUGACCAUAAAAUUAUUUGCGGUAAAUGAUUCCUAUUUCUGCAAUAUCGUCAAGAGCUAGUCAUGUUGAGAGAUCACGCCCGUGACCGGGUUGUUCAUAACGAAACCAAAUGUGACGGUGGACUUGGGAGUUGGCCGAUUUUCACGGUUUUGCUUCUUUUUAUCUUACCAUGUCGAGGUCCAACAGCAUUACAUCCACCUCGCCCAUUCACGAUAAUUUACAAUAUGAUCCCGAAAUAUAUUUUCAGCAAGCCAGUAUCGCCGAAGCACGAGCGCUGGAAAAACGUACAAGAAAUAACAUUGCCAUGCAGCAAAAAAAGUUGCGGGCCAUGGUAGGAGAACAAUACGUGGAUCUCAUUUCGGCCGCCGACACCAUCAUUGCCAUGAGUAAAACAGCUCAACAAGUGCAAAAAACCGUGGACCACAUGCAAUCUAUUUGCGAAGUUGGAAGGAUACGCAAACAUGCGAUACAAACGCGCGAAGCAGCAACCCAGGCCUCAGGAGGUACGACUAUUUAUUUUUCUUUGACCCUACUCAAAGUUCUAUGGGUGUGGUAUCAUGAUGUUGUGAGGGUGUCAACAUGCAUGAUACGUGGAAGAGGUAGUGGCUGUUGAGCUAACCUUGUUAACCCGCUUCGUAGAACGAAAACAGCGACCCUUGUACGUAUUGACGUCUCUUAUUAAAGCGCUUGUCGAUGUU